UACACAGCAGCCUCUCCAAACUUUCGCUUUAGUUUCUCUGGAAACGUAAGGCUGACUGCAGGUCAUCCGCCCUGAAAGGGGUGUUUAGGGGAGAGAAAACAGGAAGUGUUUGCAUAUAGUAAUUAUUAAUCGACCGAGGGUCAAUCUGCGGGCGUUGUGGUUCAGGCAGUGUCCGCCUCUGCUCCGUGUCUACACGCUUUUGCUUUCACUUCUCUUCGAGCUGGGUCUCUCAUCAAACCAUGGAGGAAAAAGUAGAAAUCCCUCUUGAGGAUUUUCCAUUCAUUCAGCGAUAUAGAGAGGAUCUGAGUGAAGUCAUAAACAGCAAGUUCGGUUGUGUGGUCACCUUUGAAGGAGUGGACGGUGCUUUCAGUGGUACAAAGUACAGUAAGGCUCCGGUUAAACCAGAGAAAAGGUCUGAGCAUACGCUGAGUUCUGGCGUGGUGGUUUCAGUCUGGAAGGCUGAUCUCAGCUGUUUCGGUCCCGCUGAGGCUGUCGUAAAUGCUGCUAACAGUCAUCUCAGUCAUGGAGGUGGUCUGGCUCAGGCUUUGUCUGAUGCUGGUGGUCCUCAGAUUCAACAAGACAGCCAAGAUCAUAUCAAAUAUCACGGCCCCUUGAAAAAAGGAGAUGCAGUUGUUUUGAAUGCGGGGUUAUUACCAUACAAGAAGAUAAUUCACGCUGUGGGUCCUGAUCUGUCAUUUAACCCUAGUAGAUCUGACGUAAAAGAUGCUGAGCCACUUUUGAGAAAAGCCAUCGAGAACAUCCUGAAAAGAGUGGCAGAAGAACGUCUGUCCUCUGUUGCUAUACCUGCAGUAAGUUCUGGGUUAUUCUACUACCCGCUGCCAGAAUGUGCACAGACCAUAGUGUCAACUGUGAAAAGUUAUUUAGAGGGCCCGUCCAAUGGAAAACAUCGUCCCAAAGAGGUCUUCUUUGUCAACAACGAUGAGCCCACGGUCCGCGAAAUGGAGAGGGCUUGUCGGCAAAUCCUGGGGUCUGGACCAUCUUCAUACAGCAAUGCGGUGCAGAACACCAGAGGUGCAAGCAGAGACCAAGAUCUUACCGUCCAGAUCGGACAAGUCUCUCUGACUCUGAAGAUGGAAUUAAUUCAAGACCAGCAAACAGACGUCAUUGUGAACACUGCUUCAGAAAACCGAGACCUAAAGCUUGGAGGAGUUUCUAAGGCUUUGCUGCAAAAAGCAGGUUCUAAAAUGCAAAAUGAAUUGUACAGCGCAAAGCAAAACCGUUACAUAAUUUCCACAAAAGGCUACAACCUGAUGUGUAAAGAUGUUUAUCACACAUUUUGUGUUCACAAGCGGGAUAGAGACUCACAGAAGAUCCUUUCUCAGUCUGUAACUGAAUGUUUAUGGACAGCAGCAUCAGCACAACACAAGUCCAUCUCCUUUCCUGCUAUUGGAACAGGAAACCUGGGAUUCUCUGAGACUGAAGCUGCCCGCAUCAUGCUGGAUGCGGUGCAGAACUUUUCUCAAAACUGUCCGUCCCCAAUGGCAGUUUACUUUGUCAUUCAUCAUUCUGACCAAAAAGUCUUCCAGGCUUUUAAGGAUGAAAUGAAAAACAUCCAGAAACAAUCCCCCAAACCCAACUUUGAACAAGCAACGCAGAUCACAGAUUUCUCCCCAAGCAGCAGGAAGCCACAGAUCACCCUGGAAGGUCCUUCCAAAGAGUCCACACGCGAAGCUGAAAAGUGGCUGAAGGACUUGCUCAACGCCUCUUCACAAGUCAUAAUCUACAACAACUUCAUCCAGCAUUUUGGCAAAAAAGAAUCCCAGCUCUUGUACCGUUGGAACAGCGAUGGAGUUUCCAUCAAACUGUUUCUCAGUCAAGGUCAUGCAUGCAUCACAAUUGAAAGCAAGUCCAAGGAAAAGCUGGUCGGUGCGGUGGUGAAGGUGGAGGCCAUGCUCUGCCGAGUCAGAAGGGAUUUUGUCUCAGAGGAAGAAAAAGAAUUGCAGCUUCUAUCAGAUACAAAAGGACCCUUCAGAAGAGAGCCAGUUCAUAAAGACAGCACAGAGUUUUCCCAUCAAUAUUCUGCUUUCAGUGACCACUCACUCCACGUGCUAAAGGUGGAACGAGUGAAGAAUCCCGCUCUGGAAGUAAUGUUUGACAUCAAAAAAGUCCAGAUGUCCUGCUCCACCACCCAAAGGAUGUUUCAGUGCAUCUCUGCCCAGUUCUGUGACACGAUCUGCAAGAUUGGCUUCCAUGCAGAGUGUGCUCCUCCUGAAGACCCUUUGUAUGGAGAGGGCAUCUACUUUACUGACAGUAUAAAAGAGGCCCUGAAAGUGUGGAGGAGAAAAAAGGAAGAAGAGUUUGUGUACUUUGUGGAGGCGGAGGUGCUGACAGGAAAGUCCACAAAGGGGGAGCGGGGCCUGAUUCUGCCUCCGCCUGUGGGGAAAGAUCCAGACAAAUUGUUCGACAGCGUGAGCGGAGGAUAUGGUACCUCUGUCAUUUUCAGUGGUUAUCAGGCCCUGCCCAGGUUCAUCAUCACCUGCCAGAGAAGAUGAAGGAAUAAAGAUCCUAUAUCGAUGUUGAAACUGCAGGUAAAUAAUCCCAGCAGCAGUGAUUUAUCAGUGAUUUUUCUGUAAACUGACAUGUUGGAAGAGCAUAUGAUCAUACAAUGUUUAACAUAAGCAUCUAAAUACCAAAAUAUGGAUUUAUAUUUGGGUUGUUUUCAUUUUGGGGCUGUUUUGUUAAACCAAGAAUGAAGAUUAAAGGGUGGGAUUUACUAAUGUAGCCACAGGCAGUGUCUCAUUUAGUGUAAAGAGAAAUCUACAUAUUGGUUAUAAAUUAUAGGUUAAAAAACAAUUAAAGCAGAAUGUUUAAAAGAAAA